AUGAGUAAUUCAUUUAAUAAAAGAGUUUUAAUUCUUGAAAUGCUGCUGAUACUUGCUUUAAUUAGGAAGUUAUAUGGGGUAUCUGUUUCAUUUAGCGACAUUUAAACUCUUGAUUUAACUUGUACUGUUUAAGGUAGCAACUGUGUAGCUUGCACUAGUGAAGGUUCUUGUACUCAUUGCUAACUAGGAUAUUUCUUAUAUUCUGCCUCUGUUAGUUUUGAUCCUUAAAAUGGUGGCUUAUAAAGCAGCAAAAAUUAUUGUGUUUAAUGCCCAUACUAUCAGAUGCCUUUAUAGAAUUUUAUUUAGUGUGGAGAUUGUCUUGAUAAUCCUAAUACCUGGUAAAAUAGUAGAACUUGUUCAUAUUCAUAUGGAAUGAAAGAUAAUUCUAAAACAUACUACAAUAUAUAUUCUAAAUUACCUUCGCCAGUUAAAAAGCUUUUUUUCAUUAAAAAUGUUUAGAAUUCAUACUAAAUUUAAGAAUGCGUGGGAUGUUAAUAGUUUUGUGGAAAUCAAACAUCAUUAAAUGGAUGUAAUAAAUCAACUAUCCCUAGCUAAGAAAUUCUUUAAACUGCAUUCACAUGCUAAUAAGGUUAUUACUUCUAGUAAAAUCAGUGCAAGAUAUGUUCUGCUAAUUUAUCUUGUAGCAAAUGCUAAAACUCUAGUAAAUGCACCCAAUGUGCUUCAGGCUAUGCCUUAAACAAAUUAUCCUCUUGUGAUUCAUGUUAGUAAGCGAUACCAAACUGCUCAUCUUGUUUUUAUGGAGAUUCUAGUGGAAAUGAUUACUCAGAUAAUCCUUCUUAAUAUACUGUAAACCCUAAUGUUGUUUUAAGUUUGAGAUGCAAAGUUUGUACUGUUUAUCAGCAAUAAACACUUGGUGGAUAAACUAUUACAAUUCCAGAUAUUACACAAAUGGCUAUUCCUUCUCUUGAUAUGACUUAAUGCUUAUAAUGCUCAGUUUUAAUAUCAAAUUGUAUAAAAUGUGAUUAUGCUAAGAAUUAGUCUUAGUAUAUUCAUAGUGAGUAACCAUAAGUAAUUACAUCAUCCCAAUAAGGUAAUUAUUCAUUAAGAUGCAGAAGGUGUAUAGAUGGAUAUUAUGUUAACCCUUCAUUUACUUGUUCUCCUUUUGACCCAAUAGCACAUGCUAAUUGUAUGGUACCAGUUUAAGGGGAUUACACUAGCUCAAAUCAAUCUAUUAAGUACCCAACUUUAAAUGUAUAAAUAUAAGGUAACUAAGUACUAUUCAUAGAUUAAUCUAUAUUACAGUAGCCUUACCCUGCAAGCUAUGUUAAAUAUUGUGCUAUUUGUGUACCUGGUUUCAAAGGAAGUACUUAAAAACCUUACGUAUGUAGUGUUCCUGUUCCUCCUACUGAUAAUUGCUAAAAUUAUUCUAAUUUAAAUUGUAUUGCAUGCAAAUAAGGAUCAUAUCUUAAUGCACAAAAAUAGUGUGUAACGAUUAAUCCUUAAUCACCACCAACAUAAAAAUUUUCUAAUAUUAACAAUUGUGGUUCUUUUUAUUAUGAUGGUUCAUAAUAUAACUGUUUAACUUGUUAACCUGGCAGUACAGGUUAAUAUCCAGACUAUUAGUAAAGAUCUUGCCAGAACUGUGAUUAAAACUGUUUUUUAUGCACUGAGUUUAAUACAAGAUUCUUUUUUGAUGAUGUCAAGAUGCUACUCUUCCCUCAGAUAAGUGAAGAUUAAUAGUAAUUUUACAAGUAAACAUUUAAGCUAUAACCUACUUUAUGGUGUAAAACUUGUGGAGGGAGCGGAAAGAUUAAUCCAUUGACUGGUAAAUGCAACUCUUGUUCUUAGACUUCUUGUUAAAUAUCACCUACUACAUGCUUAUUUGAUUAGUUUGGAGCAUUUUGUUUAAACAGUGCCUUAACUGCGUAAACAAAUUACAGAGGGAAUACUCGGAGUACUUCUUAAUCCGCUGAUAGAACAGGAACAGUUUAUUGUUCUGAUUACUAAAAUAGCUGCCUUUCAAUCAGUGAUACUGAUAAAAUAGCGAAAAACCCUUUCUUGUCUCAAAACAGUAACUACAUUGGUACUGUAUUAUGGACAAUGGCAAAUUAAUGCUAAAAUGUAAAUAAUGUAGUAUUUAAUUCAUAAUUACAAAAAUGUUUGAUUUGUAACUCAGCAGGAGUAGCAUGCAGAAAAAAAGUGGUAAUUCAGACAUUUUUUGAUACUGUGGCUACUACUUCAACUAUGAGUGAUACUGUUUUAUGGAGUUAAUAUUCAUCCAAUUUAGGAUCACUUCCUAACAAUAUUGUUUUUAAUAGUCAAGUUUAUUUAUUAUCUUAAAUAAAUACUGAAGGAAACAGUAAAGUUAUCAACUUAGGAAGUGUAUUAAGUAGCAUGUUUGAUGGAGUAUCAUUGAAUUAUCUAAAGUAUGCAGAUGAAGGAGUAGAUGAAAUCUAGUUUUAGUUCAUUAUUGUUAGUACAAUUUCUACAAACCCAAAUUUAUUGAAUGCAGUAAGCUUAGGAUUUUAAUUAGCAAUCACUUAAAAUGCUUUUUAAAUGAUCCCUUCUUUGAAUAAAGUAACCUUGACUCUUACGACUAUGAAAUAGGGUGUAUAUAGCUCAAUUGGAGUUUAUACUUUACCACUAUAUCUUUCAAGUAUCAUUUAAAUUGAUUCAUUUUCUAAUGUAUCAAUCAAUAAUAUAAAUUUAUCUCCUACCUCUGAUUUAAAUCAAUUUUAAAGUAUAAAUAUCUUUGGAAUUUCUUUAACAAAUACAUUAUUACCAAUAACUGUCUAAUUUAAUAAUUGCUAAAUUACUACUCAACAAACAAUUUAGUAAUAAUAAACUAAUUUUAUUUCUUCAGGUAUUAGCAGUUAUUUUUUAUUAACAACUCCUAAUUUGUAGGAAUUAGACUUAAAUAAUUUCACUCUAAAUUAAUUUUAUUAUCCAACUGGAAUCAAUUGGUACUUUCCAGGGAAUUAAAAUAAUGCUAUAAAUUUUAAUUUCUAAAAUUCUAACUUUUUUGAUUUAUCUUUUAGUUAUGUUAACAUCUUUGCUGCUAAUAAUACAAACACCCAAUUUAAUUUUAACUAAGUUUAUCUGAAAUAGCUUAGCCUUACUUCAAGUAAUUUUGUUUCUGAAUCAUCUAACUUAACUUCCUCAAAUAUUAUGUUAAAUUUACAAUAAAUAACUUUUGAAAAUAUUAAUUUAAUCGAUUCAUUCCUAAUUAAUGUCUUAAACGCUAUCAGAUUUUAAGCUUAAAUUUGGACUAUUAAAACUCCUUUUUAUAUGACCUCUUCAUAAGAGAUUACAGCUGCAUUUUAAACCAAUUUGAUUAAUUUAAAUAAUUUUUAAGUAGUAACUGUUACUGAUAACACUUAAAAUCCUCCACAACCCUUUAAACUAGUACUGAAUAAAGCAUCGCUAUUCAAGACCCCUCCCUAUAGCUUGAAUGUUUUGUAUAACUAAUAAAUAAAUCACAUAUACUCAAACAUCGUUGUAGAUGGAGUAUAUUGCAAUUUAUCAUAAAAGACAGAUUAAAUUUAAGUUUCGGACUGCAUAUUUAGUUUAUCAGCUCCUUAUAAUAACUAUGAUUAUCUUUUAAAUGUUUAAUUCUAAGAUAUUACCAUAUAAAACAUUAAAUCUUCUAACAAUUUUAACACAGAGAGCCAUAGCUAUCUAGUAUCUAUAAAGUAAGUCAAUUCUGUUUCAAUAAGUAAUUUAAAGUUAUUUUCAAAUUUUAAUUUUGAUGGAAUAACAAUUUAUAAUCCUUCUAAUCUUGUUAUUAAUAACUUUGUUUGUGGAGAAGUUUCCAGUAAUAAUUUUUCUACUGCUUUAAGUUGGAUAGAUAAUUUUUCUUUAAAUAAUAUAAUAUCAACUUAAAUUGUUUAGGGGUUUUGCAUGAAUCUCUCCUACUGCUAAGAAAGUAUCGUGUUAAAAAAAUUAUAUCUUUAAAAUUACAUCGGACUAGAUUAAUCUCCUUUUUACAUAAAUUGCCCAUCUGAAAUUAAAUUAAAUAGUUAAACUUAUUCCCCUGUCAAUAUCCAAGAUUUUACAAUAACAAACUCAAUAAUUUUAUUAACAGACCCUAAUAUCUAAGUCGCCCCAAUUUAAUUUAUUAGCAACUUUUAAUUUUAAAUAUAAAUAUCAAAUAUUUAAAUUAAUGGAUCUUAUCUUAUUCCUCUUAACUCAAUAAUAACUAUGACUUUUUCUUCUGCUUCAGGGAUUUAUUUAGAUUCUGUUUCUUCUACUAUUUUAGUUGAUUAUUCCACAUUUCAGUCAACAAUCAGCUAUAAAACAUAGAAUUCAGUUUAUAUAUAAAGCCAGAGUGUUACGAUUUAAAAUUCUCUAUUCUAAAACUCAAAUGUGGCUGAUUCAAAUUAAUUUUCCUAAUCUUCUGGUGGUGCUUUAUAUUUAAGUGCCUCUUCAAUAAAGAUUAUAAAUUGCAACUUCAAAACAAUUUAUGCUAAUUAAGGAGGAGCAAUUUUCUUAAAUGGUCUAUAGUAAACGAAUGCUAUAAUACAAAAUUCUGUAUUCUCGCAUGUAUAUACUCCUUACUUAUCUUAAUCAGAUGGUUAAGGAGGGGCCAUUUAUGCAGAUGCAAGAUCUUCACAAUUCAACUUAUUGAUCGAUACCUGCACUUUUGCAGGUGUAUUUGCUAGAACUAUGGGUGGAAUUGUAUACAUGGAGUCAGGAUCAAGAAUUACUAGUUUGACUAUACAGUCAUCAACUUUAUCAAAUAUAUAUGCACCAUAAGGUUCAUUACUAUUUUGGUCAACCACUAACUCAGCUAGUAGCAUAGUUUUAAAUAAUAAUUAAUUUAUUUGGGAUGAUUAAGGAUUAAUUGACUAACAAAUUGCAGGAAUUUAUACUAAUUAUCAAUCAGUAAAAGAUUCACUUUUAGAGUAAGCUUGGUAGUAGCAUUCUUUUAUAUUUAUGAAAAAAGGCACAUUGACUAUGAAUUAAAACAUUUUCUUUGGUAUAAAGUAUUAAAGUUUGAUGAUUUUAUCAUAAAUCAAUUAAUUUAGUGAUAAUUCUUCACAAAUAAAUGGGUUUUUAAUGGUAAGCUAUCCGUUAAUUUAUUUUGAUACACCAUAAAUUUCUGUCUAAUUUACUUCAACAACUAUAACAGGAAUAUAGGUAUGUCCAUAACAAUUAUGCAAUCCUAAUAAAAGCCAUUUUAUUUCAUUAUUUAAGAAUACUGCUAACGCUUUAAUAUUAACAGAAAACUCAGUUGCUGCUAUAACAUAUACAAAUUUAGUUUUCACUAAUAAUAUUUUAUUAACUAACACAGGACUUUUGUCAUUUAUUCUACCUACAGGUACUUUAAAAAUUAUAGGAGGUAUUUUUACAAAUAAUUAUAGCACUUUUGGAGUUAUUUAUAUUGAAAAAUAAAGCUAUGUAUCUUCUAAUACAAGAGUUCUUUCUGCAAUUAGUAAUCCUACUGUUCAAAUAAUAGGAGCUUCAUUUAGUUUUAAUAAAGGUGUAAAUGGGACGGCGAUAAAUAGCCUUAAUUCGGAUUUGAAAAUCUAAUCUUGUACUUUUAGCAACAACUUAGCUUAGAAUUUUGGAGGAGCAAUUUACUUCUAUGGGGAUACCAAUGAUCAAAGUUCUUAGUUAAUGUUUUAUGGAGCUACUUUUACUAAUAAUAUUGCAAGAAUUGGAGGUGCUUAUUAAAUGUAAGGAGUUCCAGCAUAUUUUGAUCCAAGCUCAAAUAUUGUUAGUACUAAUAAUUAAGCCUUGAUUUAUGGAACAAAUAAUGCCGAUUAUCCUAGGUCAAUCCAACUUAUUUAUAAUGGUUGCAUACUAAAAUAUAAAGAUAGUACAUAAACACCAGUUAUAACAAUUAAAAAUUAUGGGAGUGGUUAAAAUCCAGGUAGUUUUGUAAUAUAACUGCUUGGAAGUGAUGGCAAGAUAUUUUACGCAGAAAACACUUAUUGUACAGUAUCGUUAAAUUAUAAUGGGUAAUCGAUACCAAACACAGCUUAGCUAAUUGGUUCUACCAGAGUUUAGUUUAGCAAUAUUGUAAAAGGUUUUAAUAUUACUGGAAUUAACUUUAUUAUAUAACCACCGAAUUCUCUAAAUGUAAAAAUAUCCUGUGAUGCAAUAAAAAAUCCAUCUUAAAAUGCUAAUUCUAAUUCAUAUGACACAACAUAUUUUUUCCCUCUUAUCAUAAGCAUGAGAGACUGUGCAGUUGGAGAAGUAUAUCAAUCAUCUUCAGGUCAAUGCUAUGCAUGUCCAGCAGGCAAAUAUUCUCUAGUAUAAGGAGCUGAUAGUUGCUUAGCUUGCCCAAAAAUAGGAGUAGAUAAAUGUGAAGGCUACAAUAAUAUGGUGAUAUCUGCAGGUUAUUGGAGGAAAAAUACAAGCAGCGAUAUUAUUAUUUAGUGUAACAAUUUGGAAAGUAAUUGCUUGGGUGGAAGUACAAGCAAGAUGUGUUAUGAAGGGCAUAUCGGAGCACUUUGCGAAGAAUGUGAUAUUGAUGGUAAAGUGUGGGGUGAAAGAUACUCACAUUCAUCGGAUUUUACUUGUGGAAAAUGCUCUCAAAUAUCUGAUAAUGUAAUAAAAAUUGUAGCUAUAUCUCUUUGGACAAUAAUAAGUAUCUAUCUUUCUGCUUCGUCAUCUAUAUAAUUAGUAUAACACAAUACCAUGAGAAAUAUUUUUAUUUUGCUAGGAACUAUUUCAGCUGGGAAAUCAACAGAAAAAUCAAACUUAACGAGUGUAUUGAUCAAAAUUUUGACAAGUUACUUUUAGAUUAUAUCAGUUCUAUUUACGUUUAAGCUUAAUACACCUGCAACUUUAUCAAAUAUUACUAACACGGUUGGUAAUCCUUCAAAGUAAAUGGGAAUGUCAAUUAAUUGCUUUUUAGUUGAUUUUUCAGGAAAUAUUCCCAUAACAUACUUUUCUUUAUUGUGGAUGCUUGUAAACCCUUUGCUUUACUUAGGACUUGCUUUGGUCUUUUUCUUAUUUUAUUCAUUUUAUUUGAUAAUAAUAAAAAAAUUAUAAGAAGUAAAAAAAAAUUUAAGUUACAUUUGGUGUACUUUUAUCUUUUUGUUUAUUACUUUCUAGCCAUCUAUCGUGUCUGCUUAUAUAGCUACUUCUUCUUGUAGAACUAUUGGAGAUACAGAGUAUGUAAAAGCAAAUGUAAGUCUUGAAUACUAUACCCCUGAACAUAUUAACUAUUUGAUAAAGCUUAUUCUUCCUAUUUUACUUAUUUGGGUUUUUGUAAUUCCUAUGCUUUUUUUUACAAAGCUUUAUGUCAAUCGCGAUUAGAUUUACUAUAAAUCAAGUUUAAAGUACGCAUUUGGAUAUCUUUAUCAGGAGUAUUAACCAAAAGCCUAUUUGUGGGAAUUUGUUAAAAUGUUUGAGAAAGUGAUGAUUAUUAUUUUUGUGAAUAUAUAUGAAAGUGAUGUUAAGGUAAAAGGAGUUUUAUCGUUUAUGUGCAUAAUUAUUUAUCUAAUUUUGAGUUACACCUUUAAACCAUACCAUGAUAUCUAAUUGAAUCGUUUGGAUUAAUUAGCUAAUGAGAUUUGUGCUUUGAGCAUAAUUAUUGGUGUUUUCAUAAACAACAAUAAUUUUGGUUAUUUAGUUUACUUGGGAUAUUUCUUCUUAGGGUUUUUUAAUAUUUAUUUCUUACUUAUAAUUUUGAGAAACUUAUUUAAAGGAUUUGCAUCUAUUAUAGAUAAAUUAUUCUAUAAUAAUUUUGAUAAGAUAGUUAAAAAGUUAUCCUGUUUUCCUAAAAUUUAACAUUUUUUGCAAGGAAAGAUAAAGAAAUAUGUAAGCACUUAAAGAGUUCAAUAAUUAUGGCGAGUCAUAAAUAAGAGAUAUAAAUUAUGGGUUUAAGCGAGAAAGAAAAAUUCUUAAGCUAAAUUUCUUGAUAUUUAAAAUACUCCAGAUAAUAAAAAAAUAGCAAAAUAGAUUUCUGAUGAAUAGUCGUAUAAUUCAAUAUUUUCUGUUGAAAGAUUUAAGUAAAAAUACGAUUCUCCAACACCUUUACUGACAAGUAUAACCAAUUUAAAAGGUAAUAUAAAGGUCUAACCUCUUCAGAUAAUGAUAUCUUAGAAUAAAUAAGGUAAAAUGAGCAAAUAAAAUAGUUUUUUAGAUAUUCAAGAUGACUUUAAUCUAGAAAACGAAUUAGAUAAGAAUUAAAGUAUUAAAUCAGAUUAGAAAAAUCAACAAAAUAAUUUAAUUAUAGAAAAUGUUCCAAAUUAAUAAUAAAUAGAAUGA